UGACAGUAGACUAACACUUUAGUAUAUCAUAACUAUGUAAACUGGUGUUGUGCCAUAAUUUAAUACUUCUAGUCUCCUCUAGUCUGACAUCUAGUUACAAGUGUGCCAUAUGCUGUGAGGGUGUGUAGUGGUAUCACCCAGCCAUGGGGGAGCUUAUCAUUCAGUGCACCCACUGUGGGGCCUCAUUUGGCUGUGAGAGGGAGUAUGACAAGCAUCCUUGCUUGGAGGAAGAUGUUAAAGUCCCUUUCAGAAUUAAACUUGAACCACAAGAAAAUGAGGAAGAGAGAGAGCACGAACAGGAGAAUCAAGAGCAGGGGACAGCAGAACAGCAUCCAUCCAGCUCAUCAAAGGUGCAGAACACUGAGAACAAAACAGGAAAGACAGUGAGGAUAAAGGAAGAACCCUGUGAUUCCAUGGAUGUGCAAGAUGAGGAUCCUCUCGGCAACAUGGGUGCCACUGACGAGCCAGACAUGGAGACUGAUUUAUCAUCAGCAAUGGAGUUCACUGAGGGCUUCCCUAACACUGAGGCGGCAGCUGAAGAGGCAGGAGCAUUAGACACCCCAGUAAUGAAGGUGACAGAUGCAGUGUCCAUUCGUAAUGAGUGCGGAGUGUGUGGGAAGCGGUUUUAUCGGCGGGAGGAUUUCCUCAAUCACACCACCAAUUCCCACAAGAUACCCAGGCCAUUUCAAUGCAAGGUGUGCAAGAAGCGAUUCACCCAGAAGCACUACGUCACCCUGCACAUGCGGGUGCACACAGGGGAGCGGCCCUACAAGUGCAAGCUGUGCUCCAAUACCUACACCCACAAGACCAGCUACACCAUCCACAUGAGGAUACACAAUGGAGAUCGCCCUUACAUCUGUGGGAUAUGUGGGAAAAAGUGUUAUGAUAAGUCCGGCCUAACCAGCCACAUGCGCUCCCACACCAAGGAGACGCCAUACGAGUGUGAAGUGUGUGGCCGCAGGUUCACGCACUCCAAGAGCCUGCUGGUGCACCGCAGGAACCACACUGGUGAGAAGCCCUACAAGUGCCAGUACUGUGGCAAGUGUUUCCGCCACUGGCACAAGCACAAGAUCCACAUCCGCCUGCACACUGGGGAGCGGCCGUACAAGUGUGAGGUCUGCGGCAAGGGAUUCCCUCGCAAUGAUGAGGUGAAGCGACACAUGAGGAGUCAUCAGGGAAUCAAGUCAUUCAAGUGUUCCAUCUGUGGUGUGUACUGUGCCACCCAGGCCAGCAUCACCGGCCAUAUUGAUCUCCACCACGCAGACCUCAGGCAGAUUCCCCUCAAUGCUCCAGAGAAGACUGUUGUAAAGAAUAGCACAUGUGGAAUUCUUGGCACCAAAGCACCACAGCCACGGUCCAUCUACAAACCAGUGGUGAGUGCCUCCACUUCCAUCCAGUGCUCCAUCACCCCAGUCACCACCACACAUGCCAGUGUCCUCUCCACCACUGCCACUACUCAAAGUAAAACAACCACCACUAAGGCUUUUGCUAAAAAGAGUGGGAAGCAAACACAGAAAUCUGGUGAUGCGAAGAAACAAGGUAAAGAAGGUGAGAAAACCAAAGUACUCAGCUACAAAGAAUUCAUUGAGCUUCAGGAGAAGUUGUUGUUGUGUAAAGGUUUGGCUGUGAAAAAUGCUCAAGCAAACUCUGGUGUGGCCAAAGCAAACAAGAGUAACAAAGACAGCACUCAAGGAAAGACCUCACAGCUGGGUGCAGACUCUGCCACUGCCCAGGUAGCAGAUGGCAUGCAAGGAAAGCAGCAAAUAAUGUUAUUGUCAGCAGGCAAUAACCAAAAAGGAGAAGGUCUGAGGCUUGUGCUACCUCAAGGUAUGACUACAAACAAGCAAGUCAUCUUAACCUCCCCCCAGGCUACAGCUGCACCAACACCCUCGGUCCAGAGCACUGGUGGGAAUCAGCAGCUUGUCUUGGGUCAGCCAUCUGUCAUCCUGCCUCAGGGCCAGCUGAUGGCAGGACAACAAAUCAUACUGCUGUCCAAACCUGGUGUCCAACAAAAUUCUGUAAUGCUCUCUCAGCCCUUAUUGCUGCUGUCUGGGGCUAAUAACCAGCGCAUGGUACUGUUACCCUCCAAGGGAAGCUCAACCCCCAACACCAGCAAUUUCCAGACAAUACUCAUCCCCUCCUCACUGGGCACAGUAACCACAGCCAACAGCACCGCCAACACUACCACUACUACUGCCAUAAAGACUCCCAAUGUGGUGGUGAAACAGGAGCCAGGAGAGCCGGCACCACCGCCACUUCCACCUCUCAGAAGUAUUGUCCCCAAGGUUGUGAUAAAACAGGAGCCGGGAGUAACACCGCCUCCACCACCAGCACAGCCAGCACCUGUCAUCAAGCAGGAGCCGCCGGAUGACCCUUCAUUCAGUACUGAUAACUUUUGCAAUAUAAGGAUAAAGCAAGAGCCGCUAGAUUAGACUUCCUUCAGCGUCGCUCUCACCAUUGUGUACAUAACCAUGAAAGAUGGCCUUUAUUUUUUGCGUGCUUUGAUUCUUUGCUUUGUCAGGGUAAUUCCAGAGUUCAUCCAAAAUCAAACUAGUCAUAAUUGUUGAUUUCUCACAUAUAUAUUUUUGUUUCUCUUGAAUUACUCCUUUUGUACUUAAUGUCAAGAAUAGUGUCAUGUAAUUUUCCACCGUUCCAGGUGUCAGGAACUUAUAGCUCAAGUAGAACAUUCACUAAUCUCGGUAGUAUGGUGAGAUUUGCCUACAGACACACACCACUUCUUUUCAACCCAGUCCUCUCCUGGUUAUUCAAAGAGAAUACAUUUUGUACUAGGAAUAGGCUGGAGGGCAUGAAACAGGGCCAGUGAUUUAUGAAUCUGCCAUUAUUUUGUCUGACAAGUUGUUUAUAAAUACUAUGGUAGCUUAGCUGUGCAUCUUGGAUAUAUAUAUAUAAAUAUACACACAAUAAUUUUUAUUUAUGAUGAACUUGUACUUAUUUAUGGUAAUGGAUGUACUUACGAUUGAGUUCACUAGUCAUGUAACAUACAUGUAUGGAGAUGUACUUAACUGUAUAACUAAGAGAUAUUUAUGGUAUGAUAAGUGGAAUAUUUAUUAUAUUAAUUUAUAUGGAUCAUAAGGGCAUUUAAAAAUAUCAUGAUUAUAUAUGUUAAUUUUGUAAGGAUAAUCUGGAUAAAUGGAGUUUAUGAUUUACGCUAGAUGUGACAGAACUGUGGAAACAGGAGUGUGUGUUUUGUCGCCCUGACUCUGUACACUAAACAUUCCAGUUAGCAAAGGAAAGACAUGUCCAUUCAGGGUCGGCAGUUGAGCAACCCCUCACACUCAUCCACUGCAUUGAGUGUUUUCUUCAGUGUUGAGUCAUGGUCUGGCGAAGUUUAUUGGGAUAGUAAGGAGACUGACAGGAGAUCAAAGGACUUGUGAGGGAAGCCAGUAGCACAUCACCAGAUCAGAGGAUGUAGAACUGAAGGAAACAAGUGAACAAUGUGGAGAUGAGUGUAGCAGGUUACUUAAAUUCUUACCUUGUCUGAUCUUAUAAGCUCCCAUAUAGUGUUUGUCAAGAGUGCUUGCUGUUCCCCCAAAGACAGCCGAGUCAUAGAUGUGUUUAUGGUAUACUUUUGUACCAUAUCAUAUUUCUUUGCCUUCAUUCACUGUUUUUUGUGUGUGCCAGAUAUAUUUUCAUCUUUCAUAUGUAGACCAUUCACUCAAAGCUAAAUUAGUCUUGGCUGUUGCAGAGAAUGGUACAAAUGUUACUGAUUUGUGUGUGUGUGUGUGUGUGUGUGUGAUCUUCAUUUGUAGCAAUUUGUUUUCCAUAUAAUUCUCUUCAGAUUGAUGCAUGGUGGAGAAAAAUGUUAAAUAAGGUUUUAAGUUCAUGCAAUCCUUUAUUGGUGAGAGAAAAAAAAUAUAUUUAUGAUGUUUUGAGGGAGGAGGCCAUUUUGAUAAGGAACAAUAGAAAAAGAUAUAAAUUAUGGGCAAAAAUGGAAAAAGGCAAUGUUUCAGUGACAAUAAAAGGAAUGAAUAUCUCUUAGCAGAACCAUCAAUCUGUUGAGUGGUUCAGUUGUACAAGAAUAUCAACAUCAUUAAGUUGAACUGAGAUCUAUAUGGAGGCCAAUAUUGGUUUAGCUUGAAUUAAUUUAAUAUACAUCAUUUCAUAUGUUCUGAAUUUGGAUAUUGUACUUACAUUAUGUGGCAGCAUGCACUGGUGAAAUGCUAGUCCUGUAUAUUUGAUGAAUUUUGUUUAACGAAAUCCUCAAUAUCUAAAAUAUACUGUAACUCAUGUUUUUGUGGUUGGAUUCAAUAUGUUACUAAAAUAGAAAUGGACAAACUUUAUUCUUAAAAUUGCAUACAUAUCUUUCCUUAGAUGGUUUGUCUCCAGCCUGGCUAGCUAACCCAUCUCUCGUCUGGCAGCUCCUGACCUGACCCAUCGGAGAUACUUUUGUUCAUGUGAAGUUUUAGGAGAUUGAGUCAUUUGUCUGCAUCUUAUUCUGACUCUCCUCCUGUUCUUUGAGUUACUGGGUUAAACAGAAUUUUACUGUACUGGGCAGCAUUAUAAAGUUGUAACAGUAUGCAUGCUGGUGUAUGGAAAGAUCAACACUGGAGUACCUGUGCACCACCUCUCCCUCAAGGAAGAUAAAUGAGCCCCCUCCUGUGUGUUCAGAGGUGUGGGGAUCAGAUUUGUGCAAAAUUGUUCUGCAGCUUACGUAUUUUUAUUGGAUUGUCAUUAUUUAUUUAUUUAUUUACAUAUUUAUAUAUUCAAUUUUAUUUAUUUGAUUUUUUCAGGUAUCUUAUGGUUAUGUGGUGUGAAUUAUUUGUGACUAGUUUAGUGUGUGUCAAGAAGUGUGUGCAACAUAUUUUGUUAUCUGAAGUUGUUUACUUCCUUAUUUAAUAUGGGUGUGGAAUAUUUUAAGGUAUUUAUAUUUUGCUUUGAGUUGUGUCAUUAAGGUAUGUGUCAGAGAGGACAUAAUCUUAUGAUGACAUUUAUUAUCAUGACAAACUAUUGUUUAUGAGGAAACUUUUUUGUGGUCAGCUGUUUCUUCUUGUGUUUCUGCUUCUGUUCUAAUGGUUUGUGUUGGUAUAGUGAAAAAAUAAAUAUUGAUGACAUUUAAGUAUUAUUUCAUAUGUUGAAAGUACAAGUAUCAUAUAAUUUUAGAAGUGAGAGAGAGAUAAAGUAAGUGUGUGUGUGUGUGUGCGCACACAUGCUGAUCACAGAACAUGCGGUACUCUUGUUGCAAUCAUGCUUCUGACCACUGGUGCAAGAUUUUCAGUGUCUCAGGUUUCUGGGUUGCUUUGUUUAGUUUAGCACCACACGGUUUGUUUUGUAAUGAUGAUGUUCUUUCUGUGUCAAGUUUCACAAUGCUAUGGUUGUGCUGGUAAAAUGUUGGCACUGUUCAUCUCCAUUCUGUCAUUGGCAUUCACAUUUUCACAUUUUCCAUCAUAUUCAUUGUAAAAUUAACACAGUUUUCCCUGUCAUACACUCACACGUUGAACCAAAUUGAUAUAAAAGGAGUGAAGGUUUCUGUUCUUUUAUCCAUAGUGCACUUUUGUUAUAUCACUCAUUUUGUACUCUUACAGCUAUAUACAUUAUUACACACAGUUUUGCAUUUCCCACCCAUACAUACAUCUUGGCAGUUAAUUUUCACUUUUGUAUGUAGGUAGUCAGGAAUCAUGUCCUAUUGAAAGAUAUAAAUGCAUAUAACAUAGUCAACAAGUUUGUUCCCAUUAAUCUUCCUGAUCUGUGCCUCCCCACACUGUACAACCAACCUAUACAUUCCAUAAUGGUGUGAAAACUAUCUCAAAAUUUAUUUUAUGUACAUGUGGUAAAAAAUUAACUGUUGUAGAUUCAGUUUUUAAUGAAAUUUCGUGAACUAUAA